GCAAACAGAAGGGCGUUGGAAUACUCUUCGCAAUACAUUCACCAAGAAAUUACGGGAAAUGAAGGCAGGACAACCUAGUGGUUCAGAACAUAAAAUAAAUAAAAUGUGGAUUUAUUUUAAGCAAAUGUCCUUUCUGACAUCACAUAUUGCCCAUCGAAUGUCACGCAGCUCUAUGACAACAUCUCAGGAAGAGAAAAGCAUGACAUUACAAAAUAUUGUAAGAUCAUCAAUGCUCACCGACAAUGAGGACAAUAUCGAGUCCAUUAUCAUCAAAUGCAUGGAGUUCUAUAAAUCUAUUGACAAAUUCAGAUAAUAGCACUAGCAGUUCUUUAGUUGAUGUACCUUUAAUGAAUACUGAAUCACUAACUUCAGAUCAGCAAUCUCCUAUUAAUUUUAAAGAUUCCGAGGACAAUCCACUUGAUAUAAAUAAUAAAGAAAAAAAGAAGAUAGCUACAGAUAUCGUUUCUGAGAAUAUGAAUACUGUAACACAGAAAAAGAAAAUAAUACCGGCUCUAGAUCAAUUUGCAGCAAAAAAGCAGAAGACAAUGGGUACAGUAGAAAACGUAUUAUCCCAAUCUUCUCAUGCUCUUAACGUAAUGGCAACAGCAUACUUGAAUCGUACUACUGCUACACAGCAGCAGCAUCAUCCGUAUAUCACAGCAAUAGCUGAAGCAAUGAAACGAGUACCAGAUGAAAAGCAGUUGUCUUGUUUCAUGUCAAUUAUGCAAAUAAUUUUAAAUCAUGAAACUUCUGAUUCCAAUUCAAUUAAACAAGUAAUUCUCAAGUAA